AUGCAAGGCCACAUAUGGAAGAAGAGGGUCCUGAUCCCCUUCUGGGUCAUCCAGAUACUCAUAUGCUUGGUCUUCAUUCUUGCGGCUGCGCUAGGGCUGUAUGUGGUGGACAACGUGAACGCCGAUGCGGCUGUCGAAGCAGCGCUGAACACUGGAGCCGCAGUCGACUUGACCUUCGCAUUGCUCACAAUACUCUUUGACGUCGCCGAGAUGAUCAUGAUGUGUAUGCACAGGCUCCACCCAGUCACGUUCAUUGUGUUUCAAUGUAUUAAGUCCGCCAUUUGGACUGCAUUCUUGCUCCUGACAAUCUAUGCGGCCGCCGUCAGUUCCACAACUGGGCUGACAAUAUUCUUGGUGGUGGUGCUAUUCUUGACCUGCAUGGGCCAGCUCAUCUACGGCGCCACGAUUGUCCAUCGACACCGCAAAGGCACCCUCUACCGCGGCAACUACUCACUGGCUCAGGGAGGAGGGCAGACAGCAUACACAGGCGCCGCACCAGCACCAGCACCAUACGCACCACAGACCGGGACCUACGCAGUGCCGCAUCCCGAUCCCUUCCGGAACCCGUCUCAGACAUCUUUCGGAGGCCCAUCGCCUUACCAAUCGACAGCACAGCAACCGGGUGUUCCUCCGUUUCCGCAGGGGGAUUACUACCACCCGCAGAGCGGACAGCAGUCCUACGAGAUGCAUGGGACGAGCCAGCGGUAUCAUUGA